CUGAGGGCCUCGGCACAAACAGUCGUGUAAUGACACAAUAAAACCGUAAUAAGGGCAGAAUCGCGGCUCAGCGUCCAGUUUGAACAUGGAGAAGAAAGAGGAGCCCGUGGCGCUCAGACGUGUGGCUGGGGGGGUCGGCUGUCGGGGUGUAGCCUCCUGCAGGACAGGACAUUGACACAUGAUGGAGACGUACUGGACGAGGAAUAACUUGGCUGCAAUAAGAAGAAACAGUUCGGAGCAGAGGAAGCUGCGUUCUCGCGAUGCAGCCAGAUGUAGGCGGAGUCAGGAGACGGAGGUGUUUUACGAGCUCGCCCGCACCCUGCCACUCCCCCGCAGAGUGUCCACUCACCUGGACAAAGCUGCCAUCAUGAGAGUCACCCUCAGCUUCCUGCGCAUGCAGCGCCUCCUGCGACGUGGUGAGAGUCAGAAGGAGGAGUGUGAAGAGGUGGAAGCGGAGGAGGAGGAAGAGGAGGAGGAGGAUCCGAUGGAUGCUUUCUAUCCUCAGGCGUUGGCUGGAUUCAUCAUGGUGAUGACGGAGGAAGGAGACAUGAUCUACCUGACGGAAAACGUCAGCAGACACAUCGGCAUCACUCAGCUGGAGCUGCUGGGUCAGAGUGUUUAUGACUUUGUUCAUCCCUGUGAUCAGGAGGAGCUCAGAGACCUGUUGACUCCACGCCCAGGUUUGAGUAAGAAAUCUCAGAGAGAGCAGCAAAGCGAGAGGAACUUCUUCCUGCGAAUGAAGAGCACACUGACCAGCAGGGGGCGCACCGUCAACAUCAAGUCUGCUACCUGGAAGGUUCUGCACUGCACAGGUCACGUGCGUCCCUUUGGUGGCAGCUCCACGUCGCCCCCUGCAGCCGGAGUGAUGACCCUGCUGUGUGAGCCCAUCCCUCACCCAUCCAGCGUGGAGUUCCCUCUGGACACCUGCACCUUCCUCACCCGCCACAGCAUGGACCUGCGUUUCACCCACUGCGAGGGCAGGGUUACAGAGUUAGUGGGAUACAAACCUGAUGAUCUGAUUGGUCGCUCAGCCUAUGAGUUCCAUCACGCGCUCGACUCUGAUCACAUCAACAAAAGCUUGCACACAUUGCUGUCCAAAGGUCAGGUGAGCACCAGACACUACCGUUUCCUGGCAAACAGCGGCGGCUUUGUGUGGGCAGAGACUCAGGCAACUGUCCUCUACAGCAGCAAGACGUCGCAGCCCGAGGCCGUCGUCUGCCUCAACUUCAUACUCAGUGCCGUGGAGCAGCCAGACGUUGUCUUCUCCGCUGAGCAGAUCCGUUGUGGCCACAAAGCCGAACCCUGCUCACCGGCGCCUGCGGCGGAGGACUGCGAGACUUCUGACAUCUGCGACUCUGACGGUGAGCGACUCCCCAACUCCGGUCAGACCGAGGGCGCUGCAGUUCUCUUCUUCAAGCUGAAGGAGAAGCCGGAGGAGCUUCUGCAGCUGGCUCCUCAGGCUGGAGACGCCAUCAUGCCGCUGACAGGAGGUUUUGUUGAGCUGUCGUUCAUCAGUCCCAGUCCACCCAGUCCAAACUCAGUCCCGGACCACCCUCAGGAUCUGUGCACUCCACAGCUGCGACAGCUCCUCACACCCAUCUUCAACCCCAUCACACCACCUUCGUCAUCAUCUCCAGCCUCCUCGCCUGAUCCUCAGCCGAGUCUCGGUGAGGAGGAGGAGGAGGGGGAGGAGGUGAUGGACACAAGCGAGGUGGAGAAGUUCUUUGCCAUUUGGCCAGAGGACAGUCAGCCGAAAGGAGAAGCCCUGCAGAACAUGGAGGGGAUGGAUCUGGACAUGUUGGCUCCUUACAUCUCUAUGGACGACGACUUCCAGCUGACCUUCCUCAGCAGUUUGCCAGAGGAAGCCGACAAACCUUCGUCUUCUUCGUCCGAACCUUCGGCCCCGACAGCUGCAGCGACAGCCAGCAGGAAACGGACCCAUAAACCAGAUGAGGAGAUGUCGUCUCAGCUGAUGAUUCAGGACAAGAGACAGAAACAAGAUCCUUCCUCGAUAGAAGAGGAACUUCUUCUCAGCCACAGAUUACUGGACUGUCUGGAGGAAACCGACCAGUCAGAUCUGAUCUCAGAUCCGGGCCCAGGGGGUCGGAGCCAGCUGCUCACAGACAGAGACCCCAUUUUAGGAGGCGUGCAGGGACUCUGUGAAACCGCAGCUCUGAUGAGGGACAUAUUCAUACCUCGCCCCCCUGACCUGUCGCCGCCUCUGUCGCCUAUGACUUGACGGAGAGUCGGCGUGGCGUUCUGAGGAUCUGGAUCUGUCUGCAAACACAGCAGCCUGAGCGCACACAUACAAACACAACACACCACAAACAUGUAUGCACAUGAAUAUAGACUCACACACACGCUGCGUAACCGUGCUGUAAGGUUGACCGGACCUCAUCGCUUGUAGCUGAACCAGGACAGUCACUUAUGUCGUGUUUUCUCAUCAGUCUCUCACUGUGAAACAAGAGCUGACGACGUGUUGUAGAUCAGGCAGGAAAAAGUCCGACGGCCAUGUUUUAAUCCUCUUUCUUUAACCUGAAUCUGCUCUGUCAUGUGUUUUCCUUCUAUAUUUACACUCGAUCACUGGUUUAAUGUGAGAAAUCAUCAUUGUGGUCAGUCUGUUUCAUGGACACAGCAGGUGGUGCUAAAACAUUUCCGUGCAAGGUGUGUGGGGAAAAAAGCCUACAUGGGUUAAACAGUGAGACAAAUCCAGAAGCAUAAUUCUCUGUGCAGCUAAAUUUAGUGCAGCUUUCCAGUUCAUCACAUUUAAUCCAUCCGUUUCGGAGCUUCUAUCAUCACGUAAACAUGUAACAUGUAAAGCCUGUGUGGGAACUCCCACAAUGCUCUGCUUUGACUUUGAGCCAACAACUGCCAAGUAUGAACAGAGUUCUCUGCUGCAGUCUCACUGCCGUGUUCUUCUAAACAACUACACCAACAAACAGACAUGCGAAUAUCAGUGGCAUCGUUUAUUUCAGUGGCAUAUUUUUACGUCUUUUUAUACACUAUACAAAAUCUUUUUUUUUUUUUAAAUGAUUCAUUUACUAGAAAGUUCUCAACCGGGAAUUUCAUUACUGUGUCAACUACAAAUCCUGAGUCAACAAUCGUCAGCAAACGAUGUUUGUUUGUUUGUUUGUCUUCCGGAGGUACCGGGGGGGUGGAGUUUACCUUAUCUAACACUCCCUGUGAGCUAACGUGAGGCGAUCAGUUCAGACUGUGAGGUGAACGCGGCGAGUGCGGCAUCACAGUGGACAGAAACAAAACAUAAAACACGUUGAUCCAUGCAGAUUUGAUGCAGUUUGAUUUGUCCAUUAUAUUUUACCAAUGUAAUCUGAUUAACAUGCAGUACUGAAGCAGUUAUCAUUAAUGAGACAAACGGUAACGAGUCAGCUCGUUUAUAUACUCGUUAGAAAUGUACCUAAACGUUAGUGUUCUCCUUUUCGUUGUGUAUAAGUUUGAAUUUUAUGACUUGUAACAAAUUGUGCCUCAACACGAACGAGCUGAACGUAGACUCGUGUUUUUCAUUUGCAGUGUUUGAUGAUGUUUCUACACUCUGAGAUGUGGACGAUUAGUUUUUCCGUUCUUUUCUACACAGACACUCAAACUGCCAACUGCGUCUGAAAAGUGCAAACUGUUCGGAUUCAGUGGAAAACUGCAGUUUUUGUUUAUUUCAGAAAAUGUUACGUAGCUCUUCCAAAGCUCUCUGUGCCUUCGAUCGUCCGGGAAAAGACAUUUCAAAGAAGGUUUAUCUCCACCCUGUUUGGCCUGAUUCGGAUUUUAAAACGAGGAGUAAAUGAAAAACUCUUAUGUUUUCUUUUCUUUUUACUGUUUAUCCUGUAUGCAUUCUUGGGCUAAAUAAAGCUGUUGAAGCCAAA